AUGGCAGACGAGGGUCCAGUCCAGAACCUCUGUGAGGAAACAACAUGUUCCAUCUGCCGGGAGUAUUUCACAGAUCCAGUGAUCAUAGACUGCGGCCACAUUUUCUGCCAAAGCUGCAUCACCGAGGCUUGGGGGAACUCGGACCAAGAUGCUUCUUGCCCGCAGUGCAGGGAACCUUGUCAGCAAAGGAAUGUCAGGCCCAACCGGCAACUGGCAAGCAUUGUGGAAAUAGUCAAGAAAUUCAGCCUUCAGAUGGCCAGAGGGGUGGAAGCGCUGGGAAAGGUUUGCGAGAGACACCAGGAGCCCCUGAAGCUCUUCUGCAAAGACGACCAAGCCCCCAUCUGUGUGGUGUGCGACAAAUCCAAGGAGCACAGGGACCACAAGGUGAUCCCAAAGGAGGAGGCCUUUGAAGAGUAUCAGGUAGGGAGAUGUAGGAUUGGGGACCAGGCUUCCAAGGGAUGCGCAGUUAUCCUAGGGAUGGGAAAAACAUUUCAGCCUGAGGGCGGGAAACAGACAGACAUGGAGAGGCAGAAAAUCAUGGCUGAUUUCCAGCAGUCGCACCAGUUUCUGGAAGAACAAGAGCGCCUCCUGCUGGCUCAACUGAAGGAACUGGACAAUGAGAUUAAAUCCUGUGAGGACCAACAUAUUGCAAAACUCUCUGAGGAAAUGUCUUCUAUUGACGACCUUAUUAAGGAGCUGGAGGAGAAGCAGAAACAGCCAGCAACUGAAUUCUUGCAGACCCCUCUGGGCCCUGUGGGCGGUCAGGCCUCGGCCACCCCCCGCGCCUGGCUGAGUCCGGAUGCCAGCGAGGCUGAAUCCUCCUGCGAGAUCAACGCUUACGAGCCGCAAGAGUCCCACUUUGUCCCUGGGCGGAGGGCUGGCGGGCGGAGGGGGCUGCCCCCGCGCCCUGGAGAGGGGCAAGUGGCUCAUCGCCAGCAUCCAGGCCCCCGACGCCGAGUUCGGGGUCCAGCAGCGUCCUGCACGACGGAGGGAGGCCCCGCCUUGGAAAGCCAGCAGGAUGGGGUCAGCAGCGUCACCACCACCGCAGGUACCAGCCUGGCCGAGCGGAAGGGGAGCAGCCGAGCGGCCUAG